GAGGGGAAACCUCAUUUGAAGCAGGGGCCUUCACAUGAGGAAAAUCUCUGCCCAUAUCACAAGGGGCUGCAUACAUCAGAUGCUCUGAACAGCUCAUAGAGCUUAGGUCUCCCUUAUAUCCUCAGUCCAGGCAAACAGUGGGGAUUAAUGGACAGUUCAUCUCUUUCUACAUGGCUGUCUCAGAUUGUAUAGAUGUUUUGUGGGCGAUACAUGUGAAAGUGCCUCAAGUUUCUCCUACAAGAUGUGUUCCACAAAUCCAGCAAAUUGGGUCACCUUUGAUGAUGAGCCACUCUUCCAGUCACCUCAGAAAUCAGUUGAUAAUCAGACUAGUUGUAAAGCAAAUGGCCUUAAACUCAACCUCUCUAGUGUGCAUGAGUCUUCAAGUAGGUCAUCUUCUACAGGUAGCACUCCACUAUCCUCUCCUGUAGUUGACUUCUACCUGAGUCCUGGACCCCCCAGUAACUCUCCACUUACUACACCUACCAGAGACUACCCAGUAAGUCCAUGCAUCCCAAAGCCUGGGAUUCACAUCCUUUGUCCCAUCCCUGAAUGGCCAUCUAACAUUAACCUUCUUCCAUCACAUGGGAUUUGUCCAUCCCUGACUGCUCAGAAACCCAGCAGCCUUUCUUUGAACACCUCACCUAAUGACCAUCUGGUUAAGGUUGCAAUCUCCGAAUCAAGAGAGGAAGGAAGCCCUAAUCCACCAGGAAGCUGUGAAGAGUUAGGAGAGCUGUCAUCGGCACUGGGGCGCUUCCCAUACUUCCAGAGUGACUGUGUUUUUUCCAGUCCCUUUUGGACACAAGGAUGCUCGCUCAGCACAUCACCAGCUAAUGUUAGCAUGUAUAGGAAGGACAAAGCUCUUAACAGGAGCAUCUGUCAUCCUAAAGACAAAGAGACUUGCCAUGAUCAGAAAAGCCUUAACCAGGGCUCCUACAGCUACAUCUGUGAGAGGCUUGAACACCUGCAAGCUGAUGGCUGCAAUGCUGUGGGAAGCUCACCCACCUCCAAUGCUCACUCGUGGCACAAGGUCUCCUCUGCUGUCCCACGCAGCCUCUUCAAGAGCCAGAAAGCAGAUGGAUGGCCGUUCAUGCUGAGGAUUCCUGAAAAAAAGAACAUGAUGUCAUCUCGGCAAUGGGGCCCUAUUUACCUUAGUGUCCUAGCUGGAGGUGUGCUGCAGAUGUAUUAUGAAAAGGGCCUGGAGAAACCUUUCAAGGAAUUCCAGCUGCAGCCACACUGCAAGCUGUCCGAACCUAAAUUAGAGAGCUAUAAUGUCUCAGGAAAAAUACAUACCGUGAAGAUUGAAUGCGUGUCUUACACAGAGAAAAGGAGGUAUCAUCCCAAAGUUGAAGUGAUCCAUGAGCCGGAGGUUGAGCAGAUGUUAAAGCUGGGCACCACAGAUUAUAAUGACUUCACUGAUUUCCUUGUAACAGUUGAGGAAGAGCUUAUGAAGCUUCCUACUGUUUCUAGACAAAAGAGGAAUUAUGAAGAGCAAGAAAUUACUCUGGAAAUAGUGGAUAACUUUUGGGGGAAGGUCACUAAGGCAGAAGGAAAACUGGUAGAAAGUGCUGUCAUCACACACAUUUACUGCUUGUGUUUUGUGAAUGGAAGUACUGACUGCUUUCUCACCUUGAAUGACCUGGAGCUCCAGAGGAGGGAUGAGCGUUACUUUGAGAAGGAGGAGGAGAAAAAAUGGAUCGAUAUUCUGGAUUGCCAUUUCCACAACUGUGUCAAAGUGCAGGAGUUUGAAAAAUUGCGAAUUAUUAAGUUUACACCCCCAGAUGCCUACAGGCUGGAACUGAUGCGUUUCAGGACACAGUAUCAUGGGCAAGAACUUCCCUUUUCUUUGAAGGCUGCAGUAGUAGUUCAGGGGGCAUACGUUGAACUUCAGGCAUUUAUAAACAUGUCUUCAGCUGCUCUGGUCCCAGCCCAUUUGCUGCCUGUGAAAUACUGUGAAAAUGUAAUGAUACACUUUCCCGUUCCCACGCAGUGGGUCAAAGCACUUUGGACCAUGAACCUCCAACGGCAGAAGUCCCUAAAAGCAAAAAUGAACAGGAGAGCCUGCCUUGGCUCUUCACAUGAGGUUGAAUCUGAUCCCAUAAUACAAGUCUCGGUUGGAACGGCAAAAUAUGAGAGUGCUUACAGGGCUGUUGUGUGGAAGAUAGACAGGCUUCCAGAUAAAAACUCAAGUUCAGACCAUCCACACAGCCUCUCUUACAAACUGGAACUUGGAUCAGACCAGGAAAUCCCAUCUGAUUGGUACCCAUUUGCUACUGUCCAGUUUGUCGUUCAUGAUACCUGUGCCUCAGGAACAGAAGUCAAGUCACUGGGCAUAGAGAGUGAUCUGCAGCCCCAGAAACACGUGGUUCAGAAAGCUUUUUACAAUUGCCAGGUUGAAAUUGAAAAGAAGUGGAUUAGACUUGAUGGAGAAGAUCCAGAUAAGGCUGGCAACUGCUUAAUGCAGUAAAAGAGAACAGGAGGCAUUCUCAUAGGGUAUUAGUAGGAAUCAAUCUACGUAAGAAAUUCUAUUUUUAGAAGAACAGCAGUGACCUACUUUAGGAUAAACUUUUUUAGUGCUUUUAGGUUUGAUUCUGCAGAUCAGUACUGAUUUGACUGGCCUGUCUUCAAGUAAACUUCCUGUUCCCUCCCCAACACUUUAUAGGUUCACUGACGGUAAUCUCUUCAGCAAAAAAACAUAUGGCAAAUGUGACUGAAAUUUCUGUGCCAGCAUUAGACAAAUCUUUUUCAGUACUGCAGCAAGUGAGAUAAAGGGCAGGUUGUCAGCAAGCAUGAAUCAGUCCAGGCCCAUUUCAUUUAAUAAAGCUUUGAGAGUUUGCAUCAAUGGAGUGUUUUCCCCAGAAACUGAAGAAAUAGCUUGUCGCUACCAUUUGCUCUGUGUUUCCUUUAGGAUGCAAGUUCCAGAUGUGAGUUUGGAAACUGCAGGAGCUGUUGCUUUGAAUAACUUUUAAGAUGGUCUUUCCAUGCAUGCAAAGGGAGAUAUUUUUAUGCUGCUGGCUCUGAGGGCGUUCUCUGUGGAGAAACAAUGCAGGAAUUAGCUGUUGCAAGAGAAGCGAAGUAGUGACACUUCAGCAGACAGCUGAAGCUACUAGGUCUCUAUUAAUGUGUUAGCAGUGUUUUGAAGAAAUUACUGGCAUUUAGGGAAAGGUUUUAAUGCUUCCCCUCAGCCAUUAUCCCCUCUGUAAUUUUCUGCAGGCUGUAAUUCCAGGUCUGAAAAAAAUCUGAUAAAUUUGAAAAAAAUGCUUCUGAUACUUAGUUAUUAUUUUUUUUUCUGCAGUUUUCUUAAAAUUAUCCUUAAUUCAAACUGAAAUUAGUGGAGGAGGAAAAUAUAGUAAUGCACUGCCUCACUUUAUAUUUUGUCACAGCUUGUGUUUAUGUGAACAUUGUGUAAAAAUACAGAUAAAUGUUAUUCCCUGGAAGUAGAAAUAUAGGGGACAUGCACUGAGAAAGUCACUAUUCUGAGGAAACAGAAGGCCAUAAAAUGAACCUACUUCAUCACAAUAAACUUUUCCUUCCAUUUGGAAGCUGAGAAUGAAAUGGGUAAUAGAUUAUAUAAUAAGUCCUGAGGGCAGGUUUUUUUAUGCGUAUAGCAUUGCCAAAGCCCCAGCAAGACUAUUAUGGCAUUUUGGCUUCUCUAUAUAUUGCUUUUUAUUAGUGGAUUUUAUUAUUAUAAAUCUAUGGAAGCAUUUGAGCAUAGCAGUGAUCCAAGUAUGUCUCAGCUGUUGCAUCCUCCAUUGACGUUUUGACUUGAAGAAGCCUUCAGCACCUUCGAGCCAUGUUUGGUUUAUUUUAUUCAUAUUUAAUUUUGGUUUAUGUACUUCAGCUGAACCAAGGGGUGCAGUGUAUGCUAUGGCAAAGUAUUUAUACCCAGCAUUAUGGCAGAGCUCUGCACUUUCCUGAAGUCCAUAGUUACAGCUAUGGUAUCUAUUAACUUCUCUACUUGGUAAGGUAGAGGAAGCGAAACAUGUUGGUACUCUUUUGUCUUGGGCAUUUGGCACCUGGUGGUGUUACAGGUCCUGCAGAAGCAAAGGAAGCUUUUCUUCUGUCAGGCAUCUGCUGUAUCUCAGGAUGUGUUUGAGAAGCCCAUGUAGUGUUAAAGUGUUUUAUCCUGACCGCUCAAGAUACAGGAUACUGUUCGGAAUGGCCUAAGUGAUGAACAGCCACAUUACAAGUCUUCUUUCCUGCCAGUGAAUCUGUGUUAUAUAUGGUAUGGUGCAAAUGAUCAUUCAGCCUUACUGAACUCGUUAACUUAAAAAGGUCAAGCUACAGCUUUAUCUAUGUUGCAGACUCUUGGAUUUCCAUCUGAGGCCUGCAAGAUUUGCCAUUAACUUUAGUUGGAAUUGGAUCCGUAUCACAGGGAAUUAAUUCCACAGAAAUAUUGCCAUACAGACAGGAAGUUACUAGACCCGACAAUUAGUGCAGCCUAAGGCUAUUCAGUCUCAAACUGAUGUAUAUAUUCAUUGGUCUCAGAAUAUUUAAAAAUAGACUGAAGUUUAAUUAAAGAAAGCGUAGGUUGUCUGACUAUUUUUUCCCUAUCACAUUAGUCUGUUGCAGUGUGCUAAAUCAGAAACACCCUGGUUUUCCCUUUCUAGUAUUUCUUCUGCAAUCUCUGGUGUCCUUUGAGUACAACCUACUGAGCAAAUACUCUGUUUUCUGUGAAGGAUGCAGCAGGUGGUAGUGAGGAAACAUACUGGCUCUGAUUCUUUAGAAAUGAGGGCUGUAAGUAUUCUAACUGUAAUUGUGGAGGGGAAUGGAGCUGAGGAGCACUUGGUAUAAGCUGUUGUGAUGCUCAGUGUCCAGCUAGCAGGACUGUGAGCUUUAAAUAACCCCUGAGUUGGCAUCAGCAUUGUGCAAGAAACCAGGUUCCAUCUCACCUCUGCCUACCCAGAGCUGAUGCCUGCAGUCCCUGAAAUGCUUCCAACUGAUUGGGUCACAUAAGAUGCUGAUACUUCCUUCACUAACAUUUAAUACAGGGCAGUAUUUAGAUAUUGUCUAUGUUUCCUUCACAAAGGAGGGAUAUUUUAUAUUUUAACAGGAAAUCAAUGAGAACAGCUAUUUUUGUAGUGUGUUUGCCUUAUUUACAAAGUGCUGUAUUUUUUGAAACUGACAAAGUUUAUCUUCAUCUUUCUCUUACUAAUUGUAUUACUGUAGGUAAAUGGUACUUGAUGUAAUUUUGUAUUCAAACACCCAUUGAAGUCAAUGGAAGUCUUUUUAACUGACAAAAUGGGAUCUGCAUCAAGGUAGCUAAGAAUAAAGGA